AUUCCCAGUAUCAACUCCGAUUUAGGAAAUGAAUUGUAUUUUGUUAAAUUACCCAAGUUUCUCAGUAUAGAACCCAAGUAGAAAAUACUAUAAGAUGGAGGAUACGCCGGGAUGAAGAAGGAAAUAAAAUUAAAGAAAGCAAUGCUCGGAUGGUCAAGUGGUCAGAUAGAAGCAUGUCCCUGCAUUUAGGCAAUGAAGUGUUUGAUGUGUACAAAGCCCCGCUGCUGGGCAAUUACAUCCACCUGUUUAUAAGAGAAGACACUGGUCUGCAGGGACAAGCCAUCUUUAAAUCCAAACUUACCUUUAGACCUCACUCUAGAGACAGUGCCACAUACAGAAAGAUGACCCUGCCACUUGCUAAUAGAAGUUCAAAGACACAGAAAAUUAGAAUCUUACCAAUGGCGGGUCGUGAUCCUGAAGGCCAACACACAGAAGUGAUGAAGAAAGAGGAACGCUUGAGGGCUUCCACUCACCGGGAGUCUCAGGCAAUCCAUCUGCGGGAGAAGCGCUACCAGCAGGAGCCAAGUGUCUCCUACCAGGACCCUGGCAGUGACGGUGUGGAGGAGGAAGGCAAGGACACCUUCAGCCUGGCUGCUAUUAAAAACUAUUAUCAAGGUGAAUUCCAAGGUGAGUCAGGUUAUGGAGGUCACAUUUCAUCAUUUCAGGGUGGCAGUGCCUGCUUUUGCUCUGGUGAGCUGUUACUCCUUGUCCUACUAUUUAUUGAGGACAAAAGUACGAAGGCCUUUUUGUUUUCUCUCCCACAGAAAAGAUUAGCUGUGAAAAUAUGGCAUCUGGCUGGGCGCAGUGGCUCACGCCUGUAAUCCCAGCACUUUGGGAGGCUGAGGCAGG